CCAACACACACGACCAGGCUUCCGAAGGCCAUCUCUGGCACCCGCCUCCCCGCCAAAAAUCCACUGCCACUUUUGCGAGAUCCACGCCUGCACCGUGGUUCCCCGACAAAAGCUCCAGCAUUCCUGCCUGGUCUCAAAGCCUUCCCUCCACAGCCUCCGCACACAGCGCUUACGCCACCAUCUGCAUUUUCCCAGACCAGCGCCUCUCGGUCCUCCACGAGUGUGCUGCAUCCUCGCCAAGACGCGCGGCACCACCUCGAAGCUCCUGCAUCUGGCCAGGGCGACUGUAGCUUACACGAAAGAGCUUUAUCGUUGCGGGUCCAACCAGUCACCAACACGGUCUCUACAGCAGUCAGAGUAGCGAGACGGGCGACUCCAAAAACGUUGCAUGUGAGACAGGCUCGCCUUCUGAGCGCCCAGCGCAAUCAUGAAGAUCAAGAAGCAGGCUACAUCGAGACAUGAGUCCACUCUGUCUUCGAUGAUAGCGGAGUUUGUCAAGGCCACCGAAUCGAUUCCGCUUUACCAACUGCCCGCCCAUCUCGCCUCGUUCCCCAAGCAGUGGCCCUUCCCUCGCGGCGAUGCAUACCACUGGAUUCCCGUGCUGAACCGCUUCGACCGCAUACUGGAGCUGUUCACCCAGGAAUACGGGCUGGUAGACGCGCCACAAACGCAGCCCUUCCAACGCCGACUGCUAUUGAAGGGCGAUGCCGACGAAGGACGUGUGGGCGCGGAGCAGACUACCACAGAUGACGUCCUUGACACGCUACACAUAUCGCAGGAUGGCGACCGGGACCUGAUCGAGCAGGUCUUGAGCUUUACGCGCAUGCUUCUGGAGAACUGUGGCAACCGUAGCCUAUACUCUAGCAGUGAGCGCUUGGACAAGCUGCUCAAUACCACCUCCACCUCAUUGCUCAAGGCGACGCUUCGCUUGGGACAUCGCCUCGCUCAACGCUACCAAGCUGCGCGCGCACGUCUGGCCCCGGCUACCCUGCACCCCUCUCUCCUGUCCAGCCACUACAACAUCAAUCUUGACAAGCUGCAGAAGCUCUCUGCUCCCUUCUCCAAAGGACCCUCAGCAGCAGCUCCUCUAUUUGGCACACCAGCCGCCAAGGGUAAAGAGAAGGCGUUUGGCGAUCGACGGAGUGACGCCGAUAGAUUCAAUCCCGCCGACUUGGGGGCUCUGUUCGAUCUGUCAGAAUCGUCUCUUAGACAGGAAUUUGGUGGUGUGUUAGUCUCAUACUAUGAACCAACACCCACAUCCGAAGAUGGUAGCACCAAGGCAGUAUCUACCGAUGCACCCACCACACCAACCCCAGUACGCAGAACCUCAAGCAUGGGCCCGAACCGAACGCCCCGACAGCCCUCCACCACUACCGUCGCAGAUUCUCCAAGUACCCCAGCCUUCACCCCCGGAGACAUAAGUAGUCGGCCAUCUGGUCCGAAGACAUUCGAGCUGUCUGCCGACAAAGUGUCAAAGGUUGACAUGAACGAGCUCCUAAAGCAGGGGUUGACCAAUCUGCCUGAAAGCGCGCAUUACGAGUUCCUCCACAAACUUCGUACGGCAAAGAUGCUUAAUAGCGGAAGCAAAGGGCGGGACGAUGCAGUUGCUGUUCGUAUGCUUGCUAUCGCCAACAUGGGCUACGUACACGGCGACAAAGAGUUUCAUGCAAAGUUGGGUCAGCAGGACGCGGAUGAACCACGCCGUCUACAACUAGCUUACCAGCUUUCUGAAUUGGUACACCCACCUGGUCAUGGGCAGACCGGCGUCUCUAUCGAGCUCCAAACGCUCGCCCUCAACGCACUGGAGGCUAUUGCCAAGCAUAAGAUGAAAUCUCCCGAUGUCUGCGCUGCUCUCAGCGUUAACGUCAACCAUGGUGUACUAUUCUACGUUGUACGCAAGCUUGUAGCUGGUCUCGCCGUUGAAAACGAUUUCGAGAUCAACGUGGCGGAGGAUGAGUGGCGUGACGCAUUGUUCUCUCUGCUGAAUACCCUGCCAACCUCGCAGAUUCGCACUGGGGAGGGCAUGGUUUCUGCAGGGCUUCUUGAAAUCCUUGUCGAGGUCCUAAAGCUACGCACGGACAAAGCGGAGCGCAACCACCCCAAAAUUCUUAACUUUCUCGACACGUUUGUCUACAAUCUCCGAGAUGCCUUUUCGGCGCUUGUCAGUGCCAAGGGCCUCGAGAUUAUCUCUGACCUUAUGCAAUACGAAGUGGAUAUAUCAAAGAAGCUUGCAGAGGAAGGCAAAGGCAUGCCCGAUGCGUACAAAACCCAGCUCACCGAUUACAAGAUCCCGUUUUAUCACCAACAGACUCUCCGAUGGUUGUUCAAAUUCCUAAACCAUAUGAUGUCUCAUACUGGCGGCAAUUUCGAUCGCUUGAUGCGAAACCUGAUCGACUCACCACAGCUGCUCGGUGGCUUGCGUGUUGUCUUGUCUAAUGCGAGCAUUUAUGGGUCAACCGUCUGGAGUAUGGCUGUCACUAUCCUCACAAGUUUCAUUCACAACGAGCCUACCAGCUAUCAGGUCAUUGCCGAAGCGAGUCUUAGUGAUGCUUUCUUGGAGACGGUGGCCGGAGCGCCAGUCUCAGAGUCCACCGCCGCUGAAAACGAUGAUAGCCCAGAAUCUUCAUCCAUUCGAGCUCGAAAAACAUUUCCACCACGUGAACCUGGCAAGGCCCUUGCUGCGGGCAUCCUUCCAGUAGCCGAGGCCAUUGCGACCUUACCCCCUGCUUUUGGAGCCAUUUGCUUAGCAGAGGCCGGUAUGAAAUUAUUCCAGUCGUCAACUGCCCUUGAACGCUUCUUUGAGAUAUUCGAAAGUCCGGUCCACGUGAAAGCGCUCGAUGCUGACAUGGAGAUGCCUGGUCUGAUCGGCAAUUCUUUCGAUGAACUGGUUCGUCAUCACCCGCCAUUGAAAGCACGGGUUCUUUCGUGUCUUAGCGAGUUGAUUGCGCGCGUUGUUCAGCUGUGCGCCGAUAAGGCAGCGAACGAAGGCGUAGGUACUAAGCUUUGGACAACAGACGCCGAGGGCAAACUGUAUGUCGCGGGUGGUCGUCAAGCGCUUCUUGGUCUGCAAACACAGAAACCUUCUGGUCAGAAGUCCGCCUCAACAUUUACGGAUGUCGAAAUGGGGGAUUCGGGCGCUCGGACAACAGCCAAUGUGUCUGACGAGGCAGUUUCUUUCGAUGAAAUCACUGGGACUGAAGACACUACUAAGGGACCGACAGCGGCUCAAUACAUACGUGUGUUGUGUCGUUUCUUGUCAGGAUUCUUUGCGAACCAUGCUAUGUGCGCCGCUUUUAUUGAAGCAGAUGGCGUGGAAUCCAUUAUGGAUAUCUCUAGUCUCGCAUGUCUCGACCCCAAGUCUACCGAGUCUCGCAGCGUGAUCGAUGAGUUUGGUCGAGUCGUUCAGGUUCUCGUGGAACAGAAGCCGCAUAUCGCGGUACCUUCGUUGAUCAAGCGAACACAGCAGGCGCUGGAACGGCUUGAGCCUCUACUCCAACACACUGGGCCUCAGGCUUUUUUCGCGCCAUUUACAAGCACUGUUUCCUCGCCGGACAGUGAGACGCUACAACGAGGAACGGAAUACGUCAAGUCCUUAGCGUCUGCACAUACACUUGUUGCUGCUAUGACGGUGACUUUCGCGGGCCAGAUGUAUAGUACACGUUCGGCACACAACGUCUCCAGUCAAGUUAACCUCGCGGACAUGUACGCUCGACUUGUCGACAGUCUUGGCAAACUUCACCGCAGCUGCGUAUGGGAAGAACUUCUUCUACAGAGGAACAUGCCCACUGCGUGGGAGAAGGAGACUCGAGUCAAGAGUUCAGGUACCGGAAAUGUCGAAGCUGACCACGUCCUUCGACUAGGAAAUGCCUCUGAGCCCGCUCGGUCCACUGACGACGACGCUGCGACAACACAGGGCGUGCCCGGCGAAGUUGCGGCUCUCAGCCAGAACAGUGCGCAAUUCAAGAAUACCCAGACUCUCCGGAAUUUACUUAGCAAGAUACCCAUCGAGAUCGCACCGUUUUUCCAAUCGUUAGGAAAGCUGCUUCUAUUCCGCCGUAAUCUUGAGCCAUAUCACAGACAAUGCGCUACAAUUGUUUCAGACCAACUUGCGCAAGCUGUCAUCGAUCAACUGCAAUUCGAAGGACCCGGAGAUUCCGAGCUAGCCGAAGACCGCUACGCGUAUUGGAUCGUCACCCUCACCUCUGUGAUGCAGCUUAUGAUUGAUCCGAACAUGGAUCGCCCGCAGGCACUGACUCUGUUACUGGUAUCAUUCAGAAAUCUGGGUGGAUUUGACGUACUUGCCGAAAUUCUUAACAGAUUCUACGAAUCGGCACUUGAGGUUGUUCAGAAACAGGCUGAUGACACCAACGAAGGGUCCAAGCGACUUCUCAAUCUCUCAUUGGGGGGCCUCAAGAUUAUCCUUGCAUUUUUUGCGCAAAUUGUUAGCUUCAAAGUUAUCGGCGAGUCUCAGCAAACCUCGUCGAUGCAAACUCGACCUGACCGAGACCGAGAUCGUGCCGAUCAUUUCUCAACAGCACAGUUUCUCGUCGAGAUACGCUACGCCGUCAUAAAGCCCGUUGAGAAAAUCUGGAACUCCGAACUUAUCGAGAAGGCCACCACUUCCAUCGUCAAGACUUCAAUCAACAUUCUCAAGUCAGUCUUGGAUUGCGAAGGUGAGCAUGGAGCACACAAGACAAUCGACAAGGUUCCGAACCGCAGCAAACCUAUCAUCAAGCCUUGGAAUCCUCGCAAUGAUGACUAUAUGCAGCGCUUGAAGGAGGCAGGGCAUGCCGAGGAUCUUGCAGAAGAAGCGCUUUAUCGAUGCUGUGACAACUUCAACAUGGCCCGUGAAUACUGUCAGAACCAAGCCCGUGAACAAUCGUCGAGAAACCCAAUACCGCAGUAUGAGAUUGCCGCCCGCGGCCCGCCCUCGGCUUCACCAAGUCGAGCUGAAGUCAUCGUCCCUGAACCCACAGACAACGACGAUGACAGUGAUUCUUCCGAUGAAGGUGAACAUGAUGAUGAGACGCCUGAGUCACCAGCCACGCGUUCCGUCGAGAUGGAGGAUGCCCUUGUACCACAAGAGACUGAGGAUCCUUCUUCAGAAACACCCGUGCCAGAGAAUCGAUCCACUCAGUCGAUCCCUGCGGCACAUGAUGUUUUGGCAUAUCAGAAAAGGAUGGGUACUGGUAACCACGUACAGCCCGUUGCACUUGACAAUCUUGAUCAGGAACGUGCCACUCUUCGCCACAAUCUCGUUGAUCGCUCCCUGGAUAUUCUCAACUCCCACGAGGAUGUUACCUUCGAGUUAGCAGAGCUUAUUUCCGCAGCAGUUUCCAAAGCUCCCGAAUCAGAGGCUAUGCGCUCAGAAAUUGGCGUAACUUUGGUACAGUCGCUUAUCUCUUUCCAAAGCGAAGACGAUUUCCGUUCGCAGAGUAAGAAGAUUUCGGCAUCUGCACACCUUUUGGCGCUUGUCCUCCAAGAAAAGGAUUUCUACGAUGUCAUCGUGGAAGAGUUGAAAGACAAUUUUGUAGCGCUUCUUGGCUUCAUUAAGAUUUUCCCAGACCAACCACCGGAGGAUUCGUCACCCUGGAUUGGACAGGUUCUCCUCGUCAUCGAGCGAUUGCUUGCUGAAGAUCAACUUCCACCUCAGGUUCAGUGGACGCCGCCUACAGGAGAUUCGCAAGAAGAGGCAUCAGUUGAUGAGUUACCGGAGCCUAUUGUGGAUCUAGAGGAGAAGAACUCGUUGUUCGACGCUCUCAUAGAGAUUCUGCCACGUAUCUCCAAGGAUGAGUCGCUGGCCCUGUCGGUAACACGAAUCCUUGCUAUGCUCACCCGCACACGUAAAAUCGCUGUGCGUCUCGCAGAGAAACGAAACAUACAGCGCUUGUUCUUGAUGGUCAAGCAACUUGCUGGUAUCACGAACGAAGGUUUGCGGAGCGCUUUGAUGAUUGUUCUGCGCCACAUGAUCGAAGAUGAGGCAAUGAUUCGACAAAUCAUGCGUACCGAGAUUCAGCAGAUGUUCGAAUCGCGCGAUCGUAGACAAACAGACACAACCGGUUACACCCGCCAGAUGUACGCCCUGGCUAUUCGUGCGCCGGAGAUCUUUGUUGAAGUCACAAAUGAGAAGCUACAGCUUGUGCGCUUCGAUCCCAAUCAGCGACCCCAAACUCUAGUUCUCAAAAAGGAAGAGUCACCGUCCUUGGAGCCAAGUACUUCCGCUGGGCCAUCAGACACAACUGCCGAAGAGGACCGACCGAAGGAAUCGAGUGAAGCCCCAAAGCAACCUGUUCUCGAGCGAGCCAAGACAUCAGACUUGAAGCUUCCCAUUGUUGAAAACCCGGACGGCGUUAUUCACUACCUUCUGUGUGAACUACUUGCCUACAAGGAGAUCGAAGACAAGCCGGAACCUUCCAAGUCUACGGAGAAGGCACUGGAGACUCAGGAGAAUGCUACGCCGGCUUCUGGUUCCGUACCGACACCUGUUGAUGUGCCUUCCGAGCCGACCAAGCCUGAGAAGGCCGAAUUCAAGGCCGACGCACACCCAAUCUACAUCUACCGCUGCUUCAUCCUCAAGUGUCUCGCCGAACUUUUGCAAAGCUACAACCGCACGAAGAUCGAGUUCAUCAAUUUCUCAAGGAAAGCCGAUCCAUACACUACGACGCCCUCAAAGCCUCGUUCUGGUGUAUUGAACUAUCUGCUCAACAAUCUGGUCCCGAUUGGCACCUUGAAUCAUGAAGGCGACAUCGCAUUCAAGAAAAAGCUUGCGACAUCCAACAGUGCAAUUGAUGUUAUUGUUGCUUUGUGUAUCAAGACCGGAGAAUUCACUCUGCCGAAAACCGAUGCAAGCCAGCUGUCCCCAUAUGCUGACACCGAAUCGGAUCUGCUCUUUGUUCGCAAGUUUGUAUUGGAGCAUGCACUCAAAGCGUUCAAGGACGCCAAUGCAUCAGAUGAGCCUCUGGACAUGAAAUACUCGCGACUGUUGAACAUCUCUGACAUCUUCUCGAGAAUGAUAUCGCAGCGUCCCAACGGGGAAAUGCUCACUCAGAACGCGGACCUUACUCCAAACCUCAAGCAGAUGGCCAAGAUCAUGUAUGAGAAGAAUUUCAUCACAAUCUUGACGACAGCAAUCUCAGACAUCGAUCUCAACUUUCCUAACGCGAAGCGCGUGGUCAAGUACAUCUUGAAACCACUGAAGUGGUUGACCUUCGUUGCCAUGGAUCUAAGUGUGCACUACGACACUUCCUUGCCAACUUUAGAUUCUGCCGACGAAUACGAGAUCUCUACAGCUUCCGACGAUGAUCUGGUAGACAGCACACGCGAGGAGACACCGGACCUAUUCCGCAACUCAACUUUGGGCAUGUUUGAGCACCAUGAUUCUGAGUCGGAAGGCUCUGACGACGAGGAUGACGAUGAAGAGAUGAUGUAUGACGAUCCGUACGCCGACGACAUGGAAUACGACGAGGUUGGGGACAUCGGCGAUGAUGAUGUUGUUUCAGACGAUGAAGAAAUGAUGGAACUAGACUUGGACGAGAUGGGUCCUAUCGAAGGUCUUCCUGGCGACGUCGACGUCGAAAUCGAGCUCGAUGGUGGCAUUGAAGGUCUGGGAUCUGAUGAUGACUCCGAAGAUGAGGAAGACGAGGAUGAUGAGGGCGAAGACGAGGACGAUAUGGAUGAAGAUGGCGAGGAGGACAUGGACGAUGAUGAUGCCAUGGACGAGCUAGUAGAAGGGCUUGAGGAGAUAACUGGUGAUGAUGAAAACGCGAGCCUUGCUGAUGACCAGGAGGACGAUUGGAGCGAUGAUCAGGAUGAUUACGACACUGGUGUGAAUGGAGAGGCCAAUAUGCCAAUGGGCCUCGUGUUCGAUCCACCUCAACUUUUGGAACAAAUGCGUCAGGGAGGUGAUUUGGCAGACUUCCUCGACGAUGGCAUGCCUGAAGAAGAAGAUGAGGAAGAAGAUUAUGAUGAGGAGGACAUCCACUAUGAUCCCGGCCUCGAAGACGACGAACAGGAACUACGUGAACUGGGAUGGGGCAGCUGGGAUGAGCCAGCACCGCCCACUGCCCGUCACGCACAUCGCCUUAGUCCGUGGAUGUUCCCUGCCGGUCCAGGCGAUCGUAUUCUUGUUCCAGCUUAUCGAUCGCAUCGUCCAGGUGUUGGUCCCAGAGUCACAGAUGAUGGUAUCAACCCUCUCCUACAGCGAGGCGGGCGUUCCUCAGGACGCGGCGUCGAUGGUUCUCUUCGCAACGAGGGUAUGAGUGAUUGGGUCCACGCGAUUGGGGACCGAGGUCCUCGAGUUUUCAAUGCGGACAGUCCUGUCUCAUUCAUCAGCAACCUCUUGAACGCCAUGAGCCAAGGUGGUGGUGGUGCCGGUGGUCCUACACUCCAGCAUCACGGUGGUGCUUUACACCUGUCUUUCAACAACCUUCCUCUAGGUCUCCCACCGCCAUUCGAUUCUGGUUUCCGCCGCGAGAUGGCGCGCGCUCGGGAAUCCCAUAUGUCCCGCUCUGCUCGAGAAGAUCCACACUCUGCUGUAGCAUUCCUGAAGGCGUAUACAAGCCAACGCUGGCAAGAAGAAGCCAGACUUCUUUAUGGCCCAGGCGCGAUCGAGAAGAGUCAGCGCGUUGUCAACUCGAUCCUGAAGGUCAUCGUCCCGCCUGCGAUAGAAGCAGCCAAGAAGCAAAAAGAGCUAAGGGAAGCUGAGGCUGCUCAAAAGCUCAAGGAUGAAGAAGAGCUAAGGGAACGGGAAGAACUUGCAGAACGUGAAGACGAGGAUGAGGAGCUUGAUCGAGCAGAACGCGAGGCUGACGCUGGUGAAGAAGCUCUUCGAUUGCUCGAGCAGGAAGAUGGACAGGAGUCUACUGAAGCGCCCGUUAUCGACUCAGAAGGGCAAGCAAUGGAGGGUGUCGAAGCAGGGCAAGCAUCUGCUGAGCAGGUUGCAGAGGCGCCGCCUACACAACCAACACCACGCAUCACCACCACUAUUAGAGGUCGUGAAUACGAUAUCACAGACUUGGGCAUUGAUCUCGAGUAUCUGGACGCUUUGCCCGAGGAACUGCGCGAAGAGGUCUUGAUGCAGCAAGUUGCGGAACGACGACAGGAGCAGCGAGAUCAGCAAAGGGCGCAGCAACAGACUCAACAAUCACAACCAUCGCAGCAGCAACGGCGCGCUGGAGAGUCGGGCGACAAUCCUACCGACAUCGACGAGCAAUUUCUGGCUGCUCUCCCCCCCGAGAUUCGUGAAGAGCUGCUUCAGCAAGAAGCACAAGAACGCCGACGCCGAGAGCGCGAGGAGAAUCGACGUCGUGGCCAGGCCAGUGGUCCUCCCCAAGCAGAUGGCGAAGAUUCAACCGGCUUCCUGUCAACCUUGGAACCCGGUUUGCGUCAGGCGGUGCUCAUGGACACGGACGAAGAAAUGCUGCAACAGCUGCCACCUCAGAUAUCUGCCGAGGCUAGAGCCUAUGGAGGGGAUCGUCGACUAAAUCAAGCAGACGCAUUUGGAUUUCCACAAGGAGGUCGUCGCGGCUUGCAAGAUGAAUCGACGCAGAAGAAGAAGGCUCGGCCUUGCGUGCAGAUGCUUGACAAGGCGGGCGUAGCGACCUUACUUAGGCUCAUGUUCAUUCCUCAACAGGGCAGCGCAAAGGCUAGUCUCAGCUCUAUUCUCCGAUAUGUCUGUGAGAAUCGCCAAAAUCGAGCCGAGGUCAUCAGCAUCUUACUGUCCAUUCUCCAAGACGGCAGCGCCGAUGUCAACGCGGUUGAGCGAAGCUUUGCUCAGUUGUCGAUUCGUGCGAAACAACCUCAGCAACCCGCAGACAAGACACCAAAACCAUCACGCAAGAACGGAGCACUGUCUAUCAACUCGGAUGUGUCACCUCUUAUGGUCGUACAACAAUGCCUGAACACUCUCACCCAGCUGACUGAGAAGAAUCCGGCCGUGUGGUCGUUCUUUCUCACCGAGCAUGAGACAGGUGUUGGCUUCAAGAGUCGCAACAAUCGGAAGGGCAAGGCGAAGGAGACCAAGGCGACAAGGUUUCCUGUAAAUGCCCUUUUGACUCUACUGGACCGAAAACUCAUCGUUGAGAGCUCGUCUAUCAUGGAGCAGCUAACUCAGCUGCUGCGAGUUAUAACGGUUCCUUUGCAAGCGUUGAAGAAGGAGAAGCCAGCAGAAGAGGCCAAGAAGACGGAGGAUACCGCUGUUAUCUCAGAAGAUCAGAGUUCUGAGAAUCAGACAACCGCUACCGAACAGACCGAGCCACUCACUACCAGCCAGCCCCGGGAUCAAGAUACAGAGAUGACGACCGCUAUUGAAGCGUCUGCCCAAGCAGGACCGGUUUCGACUGAGGGUGAGGGUACUUCGACCAAACCUGAAGAGUCCAAGGCCGAAGAAGACAAGUCCAAAAAGCAUCGAUCUAUCACACCUCCAGACAUUCCCGAAAACAACCUGCGCUUGGUUGCUAAAAUCUUGGCUGCUCGUGAAUGCAAUAGCAAGGUCUUCCAAGAGACGUUGUCAGUCAUCAGCAACUUGUCGCCUAUUCCGGGUGCGAAGGAGAUUUUCGGUCAAGAGCUUUUGGGCAUAGCACAAGAACUCGCCAGUUCAACAAAUGAGGAUCUUGCUAGCUUAACCGCUCAGGUUUCUGACGCAGAGUCGCCUACCGACGUUCAGGGUAUUGCGCUGGCGAAGUUUUCACCUGCCAGCUCUGAUCAAACGAAGCUGUUGAGAGCCCUUACUGCUCUCGAUUACCUCUUCGAUCCCUCGCGCGAUACGAAAGGCAAGCCGGAGAGUAGUGCGGUUGCACUUGAGCAAAGCCAAAAGGAAGACAUACUCCUCACAUUGUACGAAGACUCCGCUUUCGCACCACUCUGGAAUAAGCUCAGCGAGUGUCUCACAAUCAUCCGGCAACGUGGCAAUAUGCUCAACAUUGCUACGACUCUACUUCCUCUCAUAGAGUCGCUGAUGGUUGUCUGUAAGAACACGACUCUCAAGGAGGCACCGCUUAGCAAAUUGAAGGAGUUUGCGCUCUCCAGUCCACCACCCGAGAACAAGAUGGAGAACCUAUUCUUCAACUUCACCGAAGAUCAUCGCAAGAUCUUGAACGACCUCGUUAGACAAAACCCCAAGCUCAUGAGCGGCACAUUCUCUCUGUUGGUGAAGAACUCGAAAGUACUGGAGUUCGACAACAAGCGCAACUACUUCACUCGAAAGCUUCAUUCUCGAAACGGUGACCGUCAGCCGCAUCCGCCUCUUCAACUAUCGGUUCGACGGAGCGAAGUGUUCUUGGAUUCCUUCAAAUCCUUGUACUACAAGUCUGCAGACGAGAUGAAGUAUGGCAAACUCAGCAUCCGAUUCCAUGGCGAAGAAGGAGUCGACGCUGGUGGCGUAACUCGGGAAUGGUUCCAGGUAAUUUCCCGCCAGAUGUUCAAUCCCGACUACGCUCUGUUCGUCCCGGUUGCUUCUGAUCGUACAACCUUCCAUCCGAACCGGCUAAGUUCCAUCAACCCUGAGCAUCUGACUUUCUUCAAAUUCAUUGGACGUAUCAUCGGUAAAGCUCUAUACGAAGGCCGUGUGCUCGAUUGCCACUUCAGUCGAGCGGUGUACAAACAGAUGCUCGGCAAAUUGGUCAACCUGAAGGAUAUGGAGACAUUGGAUCUCGAGUACUACAAGUCGCAGCAAUGGAUGCUCAACAACGAUAUCACGGAUGUGAUCACUGAGACCUUCUCAGCCGAGGUCGAAGCCUUCGGCGAGAUGCAAAUCGUGGACCUGAUGGAAAACGGUCGCAACAUUCCCGUCACCGAGGACAACAAGCACGAGUUCAUCCGUCUGAUGACUGAGUUCCGCCUUACUCGUGCUGUGGAAGAGCAACUCGAGCACUUCUUGAAGGGUUUCCACGACAUCGUUCCUGCAGAGCUUGUCUCGAUCUUCAGUGAGCAGGAACUUGAACUAUUGAUCUCUGGGCUGCCCGACAUCAAUGUGGACGACUGGAAGAACAACACCGAAUACCACAACUACACUGCUGCUUCACCGCAGAUUCAGUGGUUCUGGCGCGCUGUACGAACAUUCGAGAAGGAAGAGCAAGCCAAACUGCUUCAAUUUGUUACUGGUACUAGCAAGGUCCCACUCAACGGCUUCAAGGAACUCGAGGGUAUGAACGGCUUCUCAAAGUUCAACAUCCACCGCGACUAUGGCAGCAAGGACCGUUUGCCAUCUAGCCAUACCUGUUUCAACCAGCUUGAUCUGCCAGAGUAUGAGUCCUACGAAGACCUUCGCAAAGCGCUCUACACUGCUAUGACAGCGGGUGGCGAGUACUUCGGCUUCGCGUAAUCACCUGAUCCGGACCACACUUCUCCAGACUGCUCAACCGAUACUUUUCUUACGUAAUCAUGACCUAUUUUGGCAUUGCAGGCGCUUGGAGAUACAGGGAUGAUGAUGCGCAUAAGCAUGAAUGGAGGCUCGCUUUUCUCUGUAUGGCUAUAAAACGGCGAUGAUAGUGGCGUUGAGCGAUUGUGGAUAUCCUUUUCUUAGGUAGAUUGAUUGCUGUGGUGGACGGAUGAUGGCUGCAUCAUCCAGUAUGGUGGUCUUGUGGAAGGAGGAAAGGAGUGCAGGCCUUACCUCUGGAAGUGAGACUGCUUGGAGGAUGUGUGAUAGUGAGUUUCUUUUGGAACAUUAGUUAGUAGUAGAUAGUGAACAAUUGUUCUUUGUC